AUGAUUUAAAAUAAUUCUAAAGGACCUAAAAAUCCAUUUGAUAAACCAUUAUGCUAUUUUCAAAAAACGCGUUAAUAGACUCCAAUUGAAUAGCAGCGUGAAGGUGAUACUUCAAUGUAAACAUAAUAAAAGCUCGUUUAAAGAAAAGUUUAAAAAUAAACAGAUGAUAUUUAAGUCCACUUUGGUUAAUAAAAAACUCCUUCAUAAAAUAUAGAUAGUAAUCAUUUUUUUUCACCUCAAAAUUAAUAAUGUUCUGAAAGAAUAAUGUUUCGUAAUGAAUCAAAAGAAUUUUAGAAUGCAAGGAAUAUUUCUUAAUAGUAACCUUCUCUACAAGGUAUGUAACAAUAAUUAUAAACUGGAUAAAAUAUGCAAGAAAGUUAAUAAGUAGGUAGCUUAUCACCUAACCCAUUUAAUAAAAAUCUCUAAAGCCCAUAAACUCAAACUAACUCCAAAGCUGGUUUUUCUAUGGUUUCAUUUGGAUUGCAAUUUACAUGUUCCAAUAUUGUUGAUACUGAAUAUAAUUAGCCAGAAUUCGGAUAGUAUAAAGCUGAUAAAAGUGCUUAAUUUAACCCAAAUUACAGCUCAGCUGAUAAGUAGCAAGAUUAUAAGUAGUAUCCCACAGUUGAUUCAUAAGUUUUAGAGAGAUCCUUAAGUAACCACUAACUAAAUUAGUAGAAAAACAAUGGAAAUAACUAAAAUCUAUAAUCAUCUAUUUUUUAGAUAUAGCAUCAACAAAAACAGGUUUAGGAUUAAAAAAAAGGUUGUUCAAGUAAUAAUUACAACAACAAUUGUUAAUCAUCUUCUUCAGCAUCUCUGAUGUCAGAUUAACAAGCUCUUCAUCUUACUUUCGCUGGAACAAUAAAAGAAGAAUCAGAAUAAAAAACUUGCGCAAUCAAUAAAAAUAACAAUAAUUUAAUCGAUCUUAACGAUAGUAACGACGAAGAAUUUAUAUUAGAUGAAAAAGAAUGUAAGAUUUUGGAAAGUGGCUAAAAAAAUAAAUACCCAAACUCUUCAAUUUACUCUAAGAAUAAUGAUUAUUUUAUGUAAGAAAGCUACACUUAGAUUUUAAAUUAGAAGAGCGAUGGUAAUGAUGAUCGCUAAAAAAGAGAUAAUUAUUAACAAAAUUAGGAAGAUUAUGAUGAAGACGAGUAACUAGGAUAAGAAUUUAUUAGCAAAAAUUUAGAUGAAAAAUAUAAAAUGAUAGAUAGGAGAAUAAGCUGCGCAUCCAGAUAAUAAAGCAAUUCACAUGAUUUGCACAUAAGCAUACCAAAUUAGAAUGAAAAUUUACCUGAUGAUAACGAAAGUUACAAAAAACAUUUAGAUAAUGUAACAGAAAGAGAAGCAGCGUAUUUAAAUAAGGCUCCGUCCUUACAAAACUAGAAUUUACUGGGAUCUUUUUAUAAAAAUUCUCGCUCUACAAAUACUUUUAGUCCGAAAUUGCUUUAUUAAACAAAUUCCUAAGGAUAAUUUGCUCUAAGUAGUAUGUACAGUAUUAAUUAGUAAUAUUAACAAUAGAUAGAAGGGGAGAAUUCUUAACAGCAUGGUUUUAAUUCUCCAAGCAUACAUUCAACAGCGCAAGCCAUGAGCUUCUACCCACUUACUAGGAACCUGAGUACAAACUCCUUUAAAACUUCAAUUCUCAAAAAAGAUAAAGCUACAUUUGAAAGAAGUGAUAGCAACAGGACUCUAGUAGAUACAAAUAACCUAGAAUACACUACAAAGAAGAGUGUUAAAUUUAAUUAAAACCGAUAUGUCUUAAAUUAUGACGAGGAUGACAAAGAAAAGACAGACUUUUAGUAUGAUGAUUAAAUGUUUUUUUCAGAUGACUUAGAAGAAGAUUCUCAAAGUCUACCUCAAGCUUUAGGAUCUAAAAACUAGAUGAAAAACCCAAAAAUCACAGUUCUUGAAAAGGUCAGUGAAAAAAACAAAGAGCAAAAAAUGAAUUCAUCCUUAAUUAACUCUAAUAUCAUUUUUAAAGAGUCAGAAUUAAUAUCCUCUCAAAGUUCUAACUUAAUAGCAACAAAAAAAAAGAAUCAGCAAAUAGGGAGUUUAAGUAGUGCAAUUAACUAGUACAGUUAAUAAGAAGAAAACUACAAUAAUUUAAAUCACAACAGUAAUAUUUAAGACAUUAUUCAAAUUAACUAGGAUUCUAUAUUGUUAUCAUAAACGUACAUUCCAAAUAACAUAAAUCACCGCUAAAUAAGUACCAGUAAAGAGGAUAACUAAAACAACAUUCUAAAUUUAUUAAAUUAAAAUGAAGCAAAAAUCAAUUAAAAUUAGUAAGGAUUAUUUUUCAACCAACUUGGAAUUGGGAUCAACAAUACUUAAACAAGCUUUAAAUCUGAUAAUUUUUUAGAAAUCAAAUAAUCUGAAAGUAUAAGUGCAAAUACAAAUAAGGAACCAUUAAGUGCAACUAAAAUUAAAAAUAUGAGUCAAAAAACUUAAAUGCUAAAUGUUCCUACCUCACAAAAUGAAAAAGCAAUAAAAAAAAAUAAAUUAAAAAAUUCAAUAACUCUAGAAAAGAAUAAGCAUACAACAUCAGAUAAAAAAUCUAAUCCUAAAGCAGCCACUGUAGCUCAAAAUGAAUUUGAAAUACCUUAGUAAAAUGAAAUAACAUAGAGGAAACAUCAAAGCUCAGAAAUCGAUCUCAAAACUAAUUCAGUUCAAAGUAAUUUAGAACUAAUAAUGGCAAAAAUAUAAAUUACAUAAUCUACAUACUAAUAAAAGCAAGCACUUAAAAAGAAAAAAGGAAAAACCUGUUCAUCAUCUUGUAAUAUAUUUUAAUUAAUCUGCAACUGA